AUGUGGCAGAAACUUAAGAUCAAAAUUCCAGACAACGUAUUAUCAAUGUACCUGAGCAUCCCACUUUUACCACCUGAAUGCUUCGAAGAAGCGGCACGAUACCUCGAAGAAGAAGUUAAAGAAGUAAAAAAAAUUCAUAAUAAUAUUCUGGUCUUCCAUGAUUAUUUUAUAGACACCUGGAUGAAACAUCUAGAACAUGUGAGUGUUUUUAACUUGUCGACAAAAAGUACUGGAGGGCCUGAAAGUUUUCAUCGACAUAAUAAAAACAAGCUCGGAGGGAUACACCCUAUUGUGUGGAAAUUAAUUGGUGGAAUUGAAACAAUUAUAAUGGAUGAGGAAAUAAAUUAUUGUCGACUAAACAAAGGUCUACAGACAAAAAGACACACACCUCAGUACCUCAUUGAUCGCAGUAAUUAUAAUAGAAAGAUUCAAGAUGACUUAGACAAUGGGCUAACAACUAAAGAUUUUUUAAAAAUGUUUCCAAAAUCUUUUGAAGAACUACAAUUUACUAUUAAAAAAUUAAUUACUGACUGUGAACUUCAUCUAAUUGACGAUGAUCCUGAUCCUUCAACUCUAGACAUUUUCUGUGAUACAAAAAAAAAGGUGAAGAAACAUCUAGCAUUUAUAAAUCACUGA